AUGGCAGACCCAGCUCCCCCCGCCGCCGCCCUCGACGACCACCUCGCACGCGGCAUCCGCGCACUCGCCCUGCGCAAGUACUCCGACGCAUGCGACUUCCUCGCCCAAGCACUCGAAUCCUCGACGAGCAAGUACGGUGAUUUGGCGCCUGAGAACGUCGAGAGUUUGGUCCUCUAUGGCAAGGCGUUGUUGGGGAGCGCGAUUGCUCAGAGUGCGGUGUUGGGAGGGGCGGCGCCUGGGGCCGGAGCGGGAGGAGGAGAGGACGCAGCGACGGGCGCGGCGGGCCCUUCCAACGGCGCUGCCGGCGCUUCCUCCUCCUCAACUCCCGCCGCCGCCGGUCCCUCAAACCCCAACUUUCACUUUGGCGGUGACGUCGAAGACGCCUCAGGCGACGAAGGAGACGGCGCCGACUCGGACGAGGACGGCGAAGGCGAGGGCGAGGACGCUCCGAGCGGAGACAGGGAAGACGACCUCGAAUCGGCGUUCCAGAUGCUCGACCUCGCGCGUACGAUCCUCACUACCGAGAUCGGGGAGUUGAAGAAGGACGGGAAGGGGAAGGACGAGGAGAAAAAGAAGAGGGAGGAAAAGUUGGCAGAGGUGCAUCGGUUGUUGGGAGAUGUUGCGACCGAGUCGGAACAAUUCGACAACGCCGUCGAAGAAUACACCUCUUCACUCUCCCUCCUCUCGCGCCUCCUUCCCCCUCACGACCGCGCCCUCUCCGAACUACACAUGCUCACCGCCCUCGCGCUCGAGUUCGUUCCGAACGCCACGAGUCGCGCGGUGAGCCAUGCGGAGAAGGCCAAGAGUGUGCUUGUGAGCAAGUUGGCUGAGCUGGAGGGUGUGCCGGAGGCGGAGAGGGAGGACAAGGUCAGGAGGGAGAUUGAGGACAUCAAGGGGUUGAUGGGCGACGUGGACAUGAAGAUCGAAGACCUCCGCACGAUCCCCACCGCACCCGCACCCACCAGCACCGACUCAGCCCUCGAAGCUCUCCUGCGCCAAUCUUCCUCUGCAAUGGCUGAAGCUGCGGCGUCGGGAGCGGUGAAUGACUUGACUGGGUUGGUCAAGCGGAAAAAGAAGGUGGUUCCUGUGCCUGGAGUUGUGGAGGAGCACCUGGCGGGAGGGGCAGAGGGAAAGGGAGGCGAGGAGGAGAAUGUGGUGGUUGUCAAGCCGGUCAAGGGCGACGAGGGGGAGGGAAAGCGCAAGGCGGAGAAGGAGGGCGCGGAGGAGGGCCAGGAGACGAAGAAGGUCAAGGUUGGCGAUGGGCAGUGA